AUUUCCUCCUCAAACAACGAAUCUCAUACAUUCAUACCUCACUGAAAGAGAAAACCUUAGCUACUGAAAGAGCAAACCAUGGCAAUGGCAUGUGGUAGUUGUUCUAGUUUAAGGCACACUAUGUUCCUAAGUGGAUUCAAUUCCCAACUUCCACUCUCUUCUUCUUCUUCUUCUUCACUCAUUCAUUUCUCAAACAGCAACCGUUCUUGCAUGCUUCUAAUCAAUCGCCAGAUUCAUCAUUUAACACCGGAGGUUCCUGUUUUAGUGGCCAGAGCCUCCCCUGGGAAUGACGGCGCCACCUCUCCGGAUGACGAUGACGACGGCGUCUCUCUGGGGACAAUGAAGGUGCCUUCGAAUACUGAUCUUCAGAGAUUUGAUUCCUUGCUCUUCCAGUGGGCAAACAGCCUUUGCCAGGGAGCCAAUCUGCCACUUCCUGUACCUCUCAAGGUGGAUAAGAUAGCUGGUGGAGCUAGAUUGGGUUUCAUCACAAUUGAUGAUGGGAAACCGGAAGUUCUUGUGCAUAUUGACUGUGUGGUUUUUCCGGCGACGGAAAAUUCUGUUCCGAUUUUCCGUGCCACUAGAAAUGGCCCCAUGAAAGAUAAUGCACCACCUGGUGAGCCAAGAAUCAUGAGGAGCCUUCUGCAAGCUCUUCAGAAAUCUGUUGAAAUUGCCAGAUUGUGAAUUAAAUUCUUUUUCUUUUUCUUUUUCUUUUCCAUACGAUCUACUACAACAAGUUUGAGUUGAUGAAGAUUAACAUAAAAGAAGUUUGAAUUUAAUGUGUGUAUAUAUAUAUCUCUUCCAAUUCAUUUAAAUCAUAUUAUAAGAUGGAUUUGAUAUGAAUGAUUCUGAAGUA